AUGAGCAAUCAUGGCUCCUCAAGACAAUCCAACCGCUCGGAAGGCCGCAUUGCAGUCCCCAGACCCGCCAAAUCAAGGGAAAGUCCUCAGGGCAUCAAGGAGGAGCAAAAAGGGAAUCCUUCUCAACAGAGCACACGUCUGCGUCACUUGGCUGAGGCUAACGAGGCUCAGCUAACGACCAGCACGCCUCUUCCGCCGUCUCCAGAUGCACAUAUAUUGCCUACAGUUCUGCAGUCGAGUCCUCUGGGAGCAGAGACCCAGCAACUGUACCUGCCCUCUCGAAAGCGACCACUCCCUGCCGAAAACACAUUUCCUCACAAAGCUGUGAGACUGACACAGAAACAGACUGGUUCGAUAACGCAUUGGGCCGAGACACACCACUGGCCGCAAGAUUUUUGUGACAAUAGUGGCGAUAUAAGCCACCUAAUAGCCAGAAAACGGUCUACGCCCACGUCGGAUGUAGAGUCGGUCACAUCCAAAUCAAGGACACCAAGUGACCAGAGGACUCGGGAGGAGAAGACUGCUCCUUACAGAGACUCGCGCUAUGAAGCUCUACUCGAGUUGCACGGCAGUUUCAUGGUCGAUUCAAAGCUUGGUAUCAACUACAACAGCAAGACUCUCAUUCAGAACCUUUUCCAGAAAGAGCAACCCAUCCCGAAGGAUUCGCUGUUUCGUGAUGACCUGUUCCAAUCUACCUGUCGAAAGAUACGGAACCGAAAUGAAGCUCGAGUUCUUCAAGAUAUCUCUCAAUUAAUAGUGCCAUCUGCAGAACAAUUUGCGACUUAUGGUGCACAUCACCUCAACUGCCUAGUUGAAAGUGUCAAUGAAGGCUGGAACAACUCCAUCACGAUAACCGAGCCCCGACCGCAACCAGACUACGCCGUAGGGUUCGCCCGCUCUGCAUUUACGGACGAGCAACUACAGAAAUUUUCGCUUUUCGUUGGCGGACUUUAUGACCAGUCCUUCUUUAUGGGCACAUGGUAUAUGUACUUCCCCUUUUUUACGGCCGAAUGCGGUACGGGUGGAAAUAUUGUGGCAGAUCGACAGAACGCACACAGUAUGACACUGGCUGUUCGAGCGAUUGUCGAACUCUUCAGGCUAGUGAAACGUGAAAAAGAGGUUCAUCGAGAGAUCCUCGCCUUUUCCAUUUCGCACGACAACGAAUCAGCGAGCAUCUAUGGCUGUUAUCCAGUAAUCGACGGCAGUAAGACAACCUAUUACCGCCAUACUAUUCAUGACUUUUAUUUCACCACACUCAAUGGGAAGGAGAGAUGGAUGGCCUAUAAGUUCACUAAGAGUAUCUAUGAUCUGUGGAUGCCAGCUCACUUGAAAAGAUUGUGUUCAGCAAUCGAUGCAAUACCAUCCGACAUAGAGUUCCAACUCACACAGGGAUCCAAGCUGCAAUUAUCCGAAUCCGGACUCUCUCAAAGUCUAAAGAGUCAUCAUGUUUCUGCGGCAGAACCUAGACAUGACGACAGGCUUGCGCUUAGCAAUUCUUAG